GCGCCCGGGCGUCAGUCCGGCCGCGGCGACGGCGGCAGGAGCGCGUCCCGGCGCCGCCUAAGGCUGCGCUCGGCGCGCGGACUGUGAGGAGGAGGCGAGCGAGGCUGGCGCGGGGUCGGCGGCCGGACGCAUGGCUUAGGACGCCCCGCCGCCGCGCCCCAGCAUGGGGAAACUUCACUCGAAGCCGGCCGCCGUGUGCAAGCGCAGGGAGAGCCCGGAAGGUGACAGCUUUGCCGUAAGCGCUGCUUGGGCAAGGAAAGGCAUCGAGGAGUGGAUCGGGAGGCAGCGCUGUCCAGGCAGCGUCUCAGGACCCCGUCAGCUGAGAUUGGCAGGCACUGUUGGUCGAGGCACUCGGGAACUCGUGGGUGACACUUCUAGAGAGGCUCUCGGUGAGGAGGACGAGGACGACUUCCCCCUAGAAGUGGCCCUACCGCCUGAGAAGAUCGACAGCUUAGGUAGCGGAGAUGAGAAGAGAAUGGAGAGACUGAGCGAGCCCGGCCAGGCCUCCAAGAAGCAGCUCAAGUUUGAAGAGCUGCAGUGUGAUGUCUCUGUGGAGGAGGACAGCAGGCAAGAGUGGACUUUCACUCUGUAUGACUUCGACAACAAUGGCAAAGUCACCCGUGAGGACAUUACCAGCUUGCUGCACACCAUCUAUGAAGUGGUUGACUCCUCUGUGAACCAUUCCCCCACAUCAAGCAAGACACUGCGGGUGAAGCUCACCGUGGCCCCUGACGGGAGCCAGAGUAAGAGGAGCGUCCUUUUCAACCAUACCGAUCUGCAGAGCACAAGGCCCCGAGCAGACACCAAACCCGCUGAGGAGCUGCGUGGCUGGGAGAAGAAGCAGCGAGCCCCGCUCAGGUUCCAGGGUGACAACCACCUGGAGCAGCCAGACUGCUACCACCAUUGCGUGGAUGAGAACAUCGAGAGGAGAAACCACUACCUAGACCUGGCGGGGAUAGAGAACUACACGUCUCAGUUUGGACCGGGCUCCCCUUCGGUGGCCCAGAAGUCAGAGCUGCCCCCUCGAAUCUCCAACCCUACCCGCUCUCGCUCCCACGAGCCAGAAGCCGCCCACAUCCCACACCGGAGGCCCCAAGGGGUGGACCCGGGCUCCUUCCACCUCCUUGACACCCCAUUUGCCAAGGCAUCAGAGCUCCAGCAACGGCUCCGGGGUACUCAGGAUGGGAGCAAGCACUUUGUGAGGUCCCCCAAGGCCCAGGGCAAGAACAUGGGUAUGGGCCACGGGGCCAGAGGUGCAAGAAGCAAGCCCCCGCUGGUACCCACCACCCACACUGUCUCCCCCUCUGCCCACCUGGCCACCGGCCCAGCCCUCCUCCCCACCCUGGCACCCCUGGGGCACAAGAAGCACAAGCAUCGAGCCAAGGAGAGCCAGGCGAGCUGCCGGGGCCUGCAGGCCCCCCUGGCUGCAGGAGGCUCCACCGUCAUGGGGCGGGAGCAGGUGAGGGAGCUGCCUGCCGUGGUGGUGUACGAGAGCCAGGCUGGGCAGGCCGUCCAGAGACACGAGCACCAUCACCACCACGAACACCACCACCAUUACCACCACUUCUAUCAGCCCUAGACCCCAGCAGGCUGCCACAGGAAGGACCCAGCCCACACCCUAAGGCAUUAUUAUUCUAUUAAUUAUUGUUAUUAUGGCAAUUAUUGUUAUUAAUAAUUAUUGUUACUCCACUAAUAUUUAGCCAGCCUUCAUGUAGAAGACAUAUGGAAACACAGAAGUAAACUUAUUUAUACGU